AUUGCGACGACGCGCUCUCCUACACCACACCCACCUCCUUCUCUUCUUCAAGUUUUCAAGUUUUCAAGUUUUCAAGUUUUCAGUUGCGAUACCUAUCCUCCUCAAUCCAUCUAAACCAACUGCUGCUGGGGCGCGCAGUUGCUAGGCAACAUGCCUGACACCCCCCCAGAUCCUCCGGUGCGCGCGACAGCGGCGCAAAUGGCUCAACGAUCUAUCAGAUCGUCCAAAAAGCCUCAACGACACGGUUCGCGCCCUCCAUUCCAGAUGCCAAUGUCCGACGAAGCAAAAUUUGCACCGAUGCCAGCGGACCCAUAUGGUCCUGCAUUCGACGGGGCCAAUCCUUUCGAGCAACCUCAGGGUCCUCUCUUUGGGGCGAUUGAAGCUUCAGGAUCAUUCGACUUCACGGCAGCAGGAGCCCCUCAAUGGCAAUCUCCAGCACCACCAGAAAAUUCACCCUUCGAUCGUUCCACCUUCGGAGGAUUUGGCCAAGGUGCAUUUGCAUCUACUCCUGCCCAAGCUCCAGCGGCGCCAACGUCGAACGUGUUUGGCUCUCAACCCUCGAACAACAUCUUCACAUUCGGAUCUCAAGCCAACACCUCUGCCCCCACCUCUGGUUUUGGAGGCUCUUUAAACAAUAUUCAAGCUCCGGCUAUACCUGCUCCUGCCCAGACUACAGCAGCGCCAACGUCGAACGUGUUUGGCUCUCAACCCUCGAAUAACAUCUUCACAUUCGGCUCCCAAGCCAACACCUCUGCCCCAACCCCUGGUUUUGGAGGCUCUUCAAACAAUAUAUUCGGUCAAGCCGCAUCUACACCUGCUCCUGCCCAGGCAGCGCCAUCAUCAACUUCAAGUUUCUUCCCCCCUUCGAACGCACAAGACGGUGUCACGAGUACUCCAGCCACUUUUAGCUUUGGUCAACCUACGCAAACCGGUGCCUCGAGCACAUCUACACCUGCUCCUGCCCAGGCAGCGCCACCAUCAACUUCAAGUUUCUUUCCCACUUCGAACGCACAAGACGGUGUCGCGAGUACUCCAGUCACUUUUAGCUUUGGUCGACCUGCACAAACCGGUGCCUCGAGCACUCCAUUCACUUUCGGUGGCCAGGGCGGGAAUCAAACAUCAGCAACCCCAGGUGCCAACCAGGUUGCCAGUCCUUCAGGUAACGACUCAGCUAUGAGUAUUGUUACCAGCCCUCCAGCUAACACUGCACCCACCACCGGUAUUACGUUCAGUUUGUCCUCCGCUACUACGCAAACUGCAAACACACUUGGCAGCAUAUCCAGCAAUAUGUUCGGUAACCAGGCUUCUGCAAACCCUUCAGUUGCGGGAGUCGGUGCAUCUACUUCCCAACCCUCCGCAUCAAAUGGCCCGAACCUUUUUGCGAACAAUAAUCAAGCGCCGGUAGCAGCAUCAGGCAGUCUCUCCAAUGGGGAUACCAAGCCUGAUGAGCCUUCGACGGCGGCACCUGUAUCCAACAGCCUCUUUGGUCGAAUCACCAAGCCUGAUGAGACGGCGGCACCUGCAUCCAAUAGCCUCUUUGGUCGAAUCACCAAGCCUGAUGAGCCUUCAGCGGCACCUGCAUCCAAUAGCCUGUUUGAUCGAAUCACCAAGCCUGCUGAGCCUUCACCGGCAGCGCCUGCAUUGAACAGCAUCUCUGAGCAGGUCACCAAGCCCGCUGAACCUUUGGCACCAGCGAACGCAUUCCCUAACCUUUUCGCAAAUGCCAACAAAUCGUCAACUACUUCUGCUGAGAACCAAGAUGGCCAGACGGCUGAAUCUUCAGCGCCUGCCACGUCCUGGGUAAAUCCAUUUGCAAACAAAUCGUCUACUUCUUCGACAGUACAAAACGCGCUAGCUUCGGGUAGCGAUGGUGAGGCUUCGAGAACUGUGCCACCGACAAGCAACCUCUUUGGUAAUUCAAGUCUCAAGGCACCAUCUUCAAGCAAUCUGUUUGCCAACUCUUUCAAGCCACCAUCCUCGGUUUCCUUCAGCGGGUCGCCACUCAAGGCAACAUCGUCGAACAACUCGUUUGCCAAUACAAGCCCAUCUAAGAAUGAGCCUUUGAGCAAGAUUGAUCAGCCUCUUAUGCAGGAGACACUUGCAAGCUCACCCAACGGUACUGCGAAACCUGCGAAUUUGUUUGCAUUGGCAAAUAAUCGACCAUCAGGCAAUUUAACUAAUGGUCAAGGUGUAUCUGUAAGUUUCCCCCAACACUGUCCACUACCUUCUUGAUUGGAUCGAUCAAACUUUCAUGCCUCCUUAUCAUUUAUCUCCUGCUAACCAUUUCUCUCAUAGUCCACGACCCAAUCAGCCAUCAAAUCUAAUCCGAACGUCGUUUCUCUUUUGGGCAAGGUUGAUAGAGAGCUUGAGAAUUCACAGACUAGAGAAAAGGACCCAGAUGGACCAGAAGAGCAGGUAAUUCGGAACUCAUGUCUCAAGCUGAUCGCUCCAAACACCUACUUCGACGACAACGGCGACCCAAACAACUACCCCAGGAUGUUUCCAGGAUUUUAUUAUGCCCACAAAUACCCCAUCGAAAAGAUGGAAAAAUGGGUCCCGUCUGAUUUCACAUCGGAAAUGGAACUGGAAUUUUAUUCAGGGUACCGAAUGAGAAUGUUAAGGGAAGCUUUUGACCGUUACCAGAAAAUGGUGUCUCUUGAUCUCGCUUGUAACAUGUACCCCGCCAUAAUGUACUUCAACUCACUCCGAGGUAUAAUUCUCUCACGCACCCAAGCAGACAUUGUUGAAGCCGCUACCAAGAUCAAGCGCAAAGCUCGGAAGGGUCCUAUUCAAGAGAAUCAAAAUGUCGGCAAGAGAAUCAAGACAGUGCAGCCUUCUGCUCCUCUUAAUCUAUUCGGUAAAGGGUCACUGGAUCGAUCGCCAACGAAACCUGCCAAUGCCUGGGCUACCGAAAACCGCCCUCAACCUGCUGUCAAUGGAAGCUCUUCUCAGGCCCCUUCGUUCGUUCCCCCACAGCCUGCAGCACGACCUGUCUCCCCAGCCAAGAAUAAGCGAAAGGGCGAGGAGCUUACAAAGGACGAUUAUGAAAGUGGCCAAGGUUCGAGACCAUUGAAGCAAGCCAGAAUGAAGGAUUUCUAUGGAGAAGCAAAUGCGGGUUCAAACACCUUACAGCUGUUCCAACAAGCUCUGGAUAGCCCAGCUAAAACAAGCCCACGAAAAGUCCUUCCUGAAAAGGGCAUACCAUCGUCUCAAUUAUCCGAUGACAAGCCACGUUCCAAUCCUUUUGGGGGUCUUCCAGUUUCUGGAUCGCCAUCAGUCGGAAGCCCUUCAGUCUUUAAACCAGCAGGUAGCAUGACUGGUCUCGCCAAUCCUUCCCCGACCCCUUCCGAGGGAUCUGUUCUAAAGCCCGACGCCCUCAAGGCUCCCAACUUUGGUACCCCCAAGACCGAUGUCGUCAAGGCUCCCAACUUCGGUACCCCCAAGACCGAUGUCGUCAAGGCUCCCAACUUCGGUACUCCUAUGUUUGGUGCUCCUAACUUUGGUGCUCCCAAGACCGACGUGGUUAAGCCUCCUAUGUUUGGUGCUCCCAACUUUGGUGCUCCCAAGACCGACGCCAUCAAGCCUCCUAUCUUUGGUGCCCCUGUCAACUUCCUCGACGCAUUCAAAAACAAAGCAGAAAAGGACCAGGCCAAUUCUGAGCAAAAAUUAAUGGAGAAGGCCAAGGAGGCCGAGUAUGAAUCAGAUGAAGAGGCCGAGACCGAAUGGGAAGCAAAGUAUUGGAAGCGGCGCGAGUUGGAAAAGAAGAAGUUGGCGGAAGACGGCAAGAAAGCUACCGUGCCUAAAUUUGGAAUUGCGAAGAAACCAGAGUCGCAAAACUUGUUUGGACCAGCAGUCUCCACAAAAAGCCCAGCAACAAGCGUGCUCAGCUCUGCCAAUGCUUCUCGUUCUUCUACACCUGCUCGUUCCAUCUUUGACGGUGUAUCUUCGAAGCCAGUUGGGAAGAACAUCUUUGCCCAUCUUUCUGAUUCUGGUGGCAGUCCAAAAGUCAACAAAGACGACGAAGAAAGCGAUGAUGACCAAACCGAGGGCGAGAGUGAUUCCGAAAACAAGGAUCCGUCUUACAAAUACAAACCAGACGAAGAAAACAAGAGUGGUCCUGGCACACCAGUCACACCAGUAGAGAAUACUGGCGCUGGCAUUGCUUCUACGAAGAAGCUAGCAGCUUCUGGGGGUCUUUUUGGAACACCAUCUCAAGCACCACAAACUCCAGGUUCAGGCACUAGUACACCCGUCCGAAGCUUAUUUGACCGAAUUGCCAAGGAUAAGGAUGGUAAUCCCAUUAGAGUCCUUCCCACCUCAUCUUCCGACGAGAAGGAAAAUACCCAGCCUCCCAAGAACAAAAACCUAUUUGCAUCUCUCAAAAAACCCACUGGUUCAUCUGGUGAUCAGCUAUGGAAGUCAGAUACUCCAAUCAAGUUUGGAGCAGCCACACCUAACAGUGAUGGCAGCGGGCUUCCUGCAGUUGUCGUGCAAGCAUCUACGCCAACAACUAAUACCGUGAAUGCCUUCGGCAACCUAUUUGGAAAUGCCAAAGAUGGCAAGCCAGCGCCUUUUGGUGGAUUCGGAACGAGCCCGGCUAGUUCAAGUGGCGCGAAGCCUGCAGGUGUUGGUUUUGGUUUUGGUGUUGGUGCAACAAGCGCGACCUCCUCGUUGUUUCCUUCUGUUGCAGGCUCAACAAACACUUCUCGAGCUACUACCCCCGGAGUUACAACUGAGGGUGACGAAGCGGAUCCAGAUGGAGUUCACCACGAACAGAUUGACUUGACUGCCGGUGGUCCCGGCGAGGAAGACGAGGAUGUUAUCCACGAAGUUCGCGCUAAGAUACAGAAGUGGAAUGGAGCUUCUUGGGAUAAACAGGGUCUUGGUCCAUUACGAGUUCUCAGACACAAGCUCACGAAGGCGACGAGAAUUCUUGUUCGUGCCGACCCAAGCGGAACCAUUGUUAUGAAUAAAGCUUUGCUUUCUGGGGAAUACAAGUCAGAGGGCAAGACGAUGAAGAUCACGACAGUGGGCGAUGAUUCAAAACCAUUGGAGACUUGGCUCGUACAGGUCAAAACUUCUGAGUUUGCGAAGACCUUGGCAGAGAUUCUUCAAGCAAACAAGCCUGAAGCAAAAUAA